CAGCAAGAGGAGCACGGAGGUCUGCAGCAGGAAACCAUCAAAGUUCAAAGAAUGAAGAUUGCAGUUAUUGGUCAGAGUCUGUUCGGCCAGGAGGUCUACAAGGAGCUGAGAAAGGACGGCCACACCAUUGUUGGUGUUUUCACCAUUCCUGAUAAGGAUGGCAAGGCCGACCCACUGGCUACAGAGGCGGAGAAGGAUGGUGUCCCUGUUUUUAAGUUCCCCCGGUGGCGAUUGAAAGGUCAGGCCAUCAAAGAGGUGGUGGACCAGUACAAGUCUAGAGGGGCAGAACUCAACGUCCUCCCCUUCUGCUCCCAGUUUAUCCCCAUGGAGGUCAUUGACCACCCCAAACAUGGCUCCAUCAUCUACCACCCCUCUCUGCUGCCCCGUCACCGGGGAGCCUCUGCAAUCAACUGGACGCUUAUCCAUGGAGACAAGAAGGGUGGAUUCACGGUGUUCUGGGCUGAUGACGGACUCGAUACGGGACCAAUCCUGCUGCAGAGAGAGUGUGAUGUUGAACCUAACGACACAGUCAACACAAUCUACAAGAGAUUUCUCUUUCCGGAAGGUGUCAAAGGCAUGGUAGAAGCUGUGAGGCUGAUCACUGAAGGAAAGGCCCCAAAGAUCACACAGCCUCAGGAGGGAGCCACCUAUGAGUGCAUUCAGAAGAAAGACAACGCCAAGAUCGACUGGAACCAGUCAGCUGAGGCCAUCCACAACUGGAUCAGAGGGAAUGACAAGGUGCCUGGGGCCUGGGCAGAGGUGGACGGACAGAAAGUGACCUUCUUCGGCUCGUCUCUGGUGGAUAACGGCACAGCAGCCAACGGCGCGCCCCUGGAGAUUCCUGGAGCCAGUCGGCCUGGCGUCGUCACUAAGGCUGGGCUGGUGCUGUUCGGAAACGACGGCAAGACGCUGCUGGUGAAGAACCUGCAGUUUGAGGACGGGAAGAUGAUCCCUGCGGCGCAGUACUUCCGCUCCGGCAGCAGUGCAGCAGUUGAGCUCACUGAGGAGGAGAAAAGCUUCGCCGAGCAGAUGAGGGCCGUGUGGAAGAGUAUCCUGACCAACGUGAGUCAGGUUGAAGACUCCACGGAUUUCUUCAAAUCUGGAGCUGCUUCGAUGGACGUGGUCAGGCUGGUGGAGGAAGUCAAGCUCCGCGCCAGCAGCUGCCAGCUGCAGAACGAGGACGUCUACAUGAACACCACCUUCCAGGAUUUCAUCCAGAUGUGUGUCAGGAAGCUGCGUGGCGAGGAUGAGGAGGAGGAGCUGGUGGUGGACUAUGUGGAAAAGAAUAUCAACAACAUGACUGUGAAGAUCCCCCAUCAGCUGUUCAUCAACGGAGAGUUUGUUGAUGCUGAGGGAGGGAAGACCUACAAGAGCAUCAACCCCACCGACGGCACGGCCAUCUGCGAGGUGUCUCUGGCCCAAACCAGUGAUGUGGACAAGGCAGUGGCUGCUGCUAAGGAGGCGUUUGAAGACGGCGAAUGGGGCAAGAUGAACCCAAGGGACAGAGGCAGGCUGAUCUACAGGUGGGUGGCAUCAUGGUGUCUAAAUGCCCCAAUUCCACGACCCUCCGAAACCGAUCCGUGCCGAGUUCAGACCGAGCUUGGGGUGUGCGCCAUCGUGAUUCCCUGGAACUACCCACUGAUGAUGCUGGCCUGGAAGACGGCCGCCUGCCUGGCGGCGGGGAACACUGUGGUCCUCAAACCGGCUCAGGUCACUCCGCUCACGGCGCUGAAGUUUGCUGAACUGGCAGCCAGAGCGGGGCUGCCCAGAGGGGUGGUUAACAUCCUGCCUGGAUCAGGUGCCCUGGUGGGCCAGCGUCUGUCCGACCAUCCAGAUGUCCGGAAACUGGGCUUUACGGGUUCUACAGAGAUCGGUAAACACAUCAUGAAGAGCUGUGCAGUCAGCAACGUGAAGAAGGUCUCCUUGGAGCUGGGAGGGAAAUCUCCUCUCAUCAUCUUCGAUGAUUGUGACAUGGACAAGGCCGUGCGCAUGGGCAUGAGCUCCGUGUUCUUCAACAAAGGGGAGAACUGCAUCGCCGCUGGCCGCCUGUUUGUGGAGGAAACCAUUCAUGACCGCUUUGUGAACAAAGUGGUUCAACAACUUCCUCCAGAAUCUCUAGAAUCCAGAGCAUCAGUGUGA